ACACGGGGGGGGGGGGGAAUCGAACUGCCAGAAUUAAGGAGAGUGUCUACACCAACGGUUUGGCAGACGAAACCAAGGAGACGAAGUGAAAUAAACCAGCAACCACGUCUCUCCAACACUCCAACAUUUUUUUCGCAAGGACUACUGUGGAUUUUUAAACCUUUUCGACUUCUCCCAAAGACAAUUUUUGUGCUUUGGUGAAGUCCAGGCAACACAGAGUAACAUUUGGACGUGCGUAAUUUGGAGAGUUUAUUGCCACACGGCGUCAGGAUGCGCGUAUGUCCGCUGCUGGUCUUCCUCUGUCUGCUGUGCGCUGGACGCGCUCAAAAGUUCUCUGCUCUCACGUUCCUGCGGGUGGAUCAGGAUAAGGAGUGCAACAUGGAAUGCACAGGAGCUCCCCGCAAGCCCCUGUGCGCCUCCGACGGCCGGACCUUCACAUCUCGCUGCGAGUUCCUCCGAGCCAAGUGCCGUGACCCCCAGCUGGAGGUCAUUCGAGGGCCAUGCAAAGAUACAUCCAGAUGUGUAGCAGAGAAGAAGUACACCGAGCAGCAGGCUAAGAAGCUCUUCCCGCAGGUCUUUGUGCCUGUAUGCAACCCUGAUGGCACAUAUAGUGAGGUUCAGUGCCACAGUUACACUGGAUACUGUUGGUGUGUCACCCCCAAUGGCCGACCCAUUAGUGGCUCAGCUGUGGCCAAUAAAAAACCUCGAUGCCAAGGUUCAAAACAAGAGCGAGCUACUACAAGAGAGCCAGGUAAAGCAGUCUCCUUGCAAAUAUUCUCCAUUCUAAAUGCAGAUGAGACUGGCCUAGUGGUGGAUCCACAGCCUGCUGGCGAUGAAGAAGACAUCAUUUCCCAGUACCCCACUCUGUGGACGGAGCAGGUUCGCAGCCGACAGAACAAUAGAACCAGAGCACCAUCCUCAUCCUGUGACCAGGAGCAGCAGUCUGCCCAGGAAGAGGCGAAGCAGCACAAGAACGAUGCUGUAUUCGUACCAGACUGUGCCCAUGGAGGACUGUACAAGCCAGUCCAAUGCCACCCCUCCACCGGCUACUGCUGGUGUGUGCUGGUGGACACGGGACGGCCCAUACCUGGGACUUCCACCAGGUGGGAGAGACCGCACCUAUGGUAUGAACAGCCAAAGUGCGAUGGCAAUGCCAGGGCCCACCCGACUAAACCUAAGGACCAUUAUAGAAGCAGACAUCUCCAGGGCUGUCCCGGGGCAAAGAAAACAGAGUUUCUGACAAGUGUUCUUGACGCGCUGUCAACAGACAUGGUGCACGCCGUCACAGAUCCAGCAUCCGCCGGAAGGAUGGCCGAGCCCGACCCCAGCCACACCCUGGAGGAGAGGGUGGUCCACUGGUAUUUUAGUCAGCUGGACAAAAACUCCAGCGGGGACAUUGGAAAGAAGGAGAUCAAGCCUUUCAAACGCUUUCUGCGCAAGAAAUCAAAGCCAAAGAAGUGUGUGAAGAAGUUUGUGGAGUACUGCGACAUUAGCAACGACAAGGCGCUGUCUCUGCAGGAGCUGAUGGGUUGCCUCGGGGUGACCAAAGAAGAGGGGGCCAAACCAGUAGAGGGUUUAUCUUCCAGUAAACUAAAUCCCUCGAAGAAGCAAGGCUAAGCCAGCAUCUGAGAUUUCCCCUCCCGCAAGGAGAAUCUGCCCUUACCAGUCGGCAAUAAUGGAAACCAUAGUAUUUGCACUUUGUACUUUAAAAAAAAAAAA